AUGGCCAUCCGCACGCCCAGUGGUUCCCAUGCAGCAGCUCUUAUGCUCAGGACUGUGAUUCUGAUGGCCACACAGAAGUCUCCAGAGAAGACCCAGCACCCCAGCCAGGACCCAUCAGUGUCUUUCUUGGACACCGUUGGGUACCCGAGGCCAAGGCAUACCAGUAGUUCCAUCUGUCCUGUACCAUCAGAGCACGGAGUGUCAGAGGUGACGGUUAGCCGUCCCUCUCGACUGCUGCGGUGGUUUAUAGGAGAUUGGUCAGAAUGCAGUAAGACCUGUGACGGAGGAAUACGUACACGAACAGUUCUCUGUAUCAGAAAGAUUGGACCGUCUGAGGAGGAGACACUGGAUAAUAUUAACUGUUUAACACACCGGCCUAUCGAAAAAGAACCCUGUAACAAUCAGUCUUGUCCACCACAGUGGGUUGCCUUGGACUGGUCAGAAUGCACUCCAAAAUGUGGUCCAGGAUUCAAACAUCGGAUUGUUCUUUGCAAAAGCAGUGACCUUUCAAAAACAUUUCCAGCUGCACAAUGCCAAGAGGAAAGCAAGCCUCCAGUCCGCAUCCGCUGUAGCUUAGGCCGAUGCCCCCCUCCUCGCUGGGUUACUGGAGACUGGGGACAGUGUUCUGCACAAUGUGGUCUGGGACAACAGAUGCGAACAGUGCAGUGUCUCUCAUAUACUGGACAAGCAUCCAGUGAGUGUCUAGAAACUGUUCGACCUCCAUCAAUGCAACAGUGUGAAAGCAAAUGUGACAGUACUCCCAUUUCCAACACGGAAGAGUGCAAAGAUGUGAACAAAGUGGCUUAUUGCCCACUGGUGCUGAAGUUCAAGUUCUGCAGCCGAGCAUACUUCAGACAGAUGUGCUGUAAGACCUGCCAAGGACAUUGACCCACAGAAAGCAAGAGAGAGUGCCUUGUUAUAUCAUUGUGGAAAUGUGUCCAUCGAAGAGAGCCACACAGUGGAAUGGGAUUGAGGUCCUUGCAAAUGCAUUACCCUGUGGAAAACGUAACCACUGGUCAGCCCCAGCUGACAGGAUUUCAAUAUUAUUUUAACUUCUGUGAAGUGGGAUUUAUUCAUCCAAAGUGCUGGACACAGUAUAAGGAGGGCAUGCCAAAUUGGAGAGAUCCACACAACACAUAUAGAAUAGCUUACUGUGGAACAUUUGUGUUCUUUUGACUAAAUCCAAUAGUCUGUUUACCUCCUUGGACCAUUAAAGUAAUUUUUAUUAUGGACUUAGCAAUGACACUGAAUCCAUUUAUAUUUAAAACUGUUUAAAAUGUAGCUGUUAUGACUUGGUCUACUAUGGAAGUAAAGAAGAAUCAAACAAUCUUAAGUCAUAGCUUAAAAUGUUAACUAUUUUAUCUCAUUACACAGCAUCACAAUUUAAAUUAUAAAAUGGGCUUGGAAAUGUUAUUUAAGGAGCAAUUAUAAAUCUGAAGUAAAGAAAAUUAUAUUUUUUCCUUCAUUCCACCUAAUUCCCUUAGGAGUAAUCCAUAUUUGCUGAACACUGCUGUGAGCCAUAUAUUAAGCUAAACAAAACAACCAUGAGGAACUUAGUUUUAAGAGGUGCAACAGUUAUUGCAGGUGUGCAUGAAAUACAAGUGUGCUGAUAAAUCUGUGCUACAGAUAUAUAGCCAUUUUGCCAUUGUACAAGUGAAGCUGAGAUGUCCACUAAAAGGGAAAAACAUUUCAAUACCAUGAAGCAGCCAGAUUUCAAUAGUGGUGAAGACCACAGUGCUGCAUACUUCACUACUAGUGUAUAGGCUUACAUUUUAUGACUCCAAUUCACUAUUGUUUACAUCACUAGCCACAGAGAGGCAUCUAGUCAUGUUUUACAUGUUACUCCCUACUCAUCAUCACCAAGAAGUUCCAGUGCAAAAGAUAAAUGUACUGUGUAAUAAUAAUAAGGCAGUCUCUCUGCAAACUUUGCUGACAGUUACAGUGGGUUCCAGAUGUUCCCUUCUUUAAUACAAUAGAAGGGCAUUUAUUUAUGAGAGAGAGUGUUUGAAUGCACAGGUUUGGAGACUGUAACACAGUGGCAAGGAUUACAACCAAAGAAUAAAAGAGUUAUGGGGACAUUUUGGUCAUAUUACCAUAAUCUUAAUACUCACAGAAUACUUUUUUAGUUAAUACUCAGAGUUGCAUUUAAAUGUGAAACCAAACUACUUGGGCAAGUCAGAUCCAGAAUUUAGCAUACUCCUCUUCCCCUUCCCCCCUUGAUAGAAAGUUCAACAAGGAGAUAAGGAAAGUGGGUACUUGUUUAUAUUAAUAUAUUGUACUUGAACAUUUGCAGUUUGCAGCAGGUACUUGGUGAAUGUGCUUUUGUGACCAGCUAUGUCUCCUUUGUUGUAGUGCAAUUAAAAUUAUGUGAACAACACGUUGUGUUAACACUAAAAAUCCAAUGGCACUUUUUAAAAAAAAGUACUCUUUCAGUGAAACAAGUAAGUUCAAUAAAUCACAUGAAACCUAAAUGUCAGUAUAUAUAACAAAUAAUAAUAAGCCAAAUGUGUUGCACACUAUUUACUAAUGUGAAUUAACAAGGAAAAAUAGAUAUUCUUAACAGGAUUCUUGUACUAUGAAACAUGUUGACAAUCUAUAUGUGGCAUUUUAUGUAGCCCACUUAUUCAGAACCAUCAAACUCCUGUCAUCUGCUACCUCUUGACAGUGUUUUUCACUUCCUUACACAUGUGACCAGUGGAAUUCAUUUCCAGUAAGCAUUACUUUACUCAUAUAUGGCCAUCUGCUGCUCUCAGUCCCUGUGUUCACAACUCCCAUUGUCACUGAUUCUCAAUAAAUAAAUAAAAAAAUAAAAACUGGGAGUUGCAUAUAUGGAUCAAGGACAGGGUACAGCCCUUAGUUAAUGAGUAAAUGACCUUUAUACAUUCUAUUGAGAGAAUAACUUGGUGCUAGCAUGCGUUGACUAAGUCAAAAAUAUGAUAAAAGGGAAAGGUGUUGCUGUGGCAUUCUCUAAGCAAGCAGCUUCUUUGUAUCAGGAUCUGGUUUCCUCCAGGGCAUAAUUGUGUUUAUUAGCUAAUGUGUCUGUUCGACUAACAAGAAAGGGUUUAAAAAAAAAGUAUUCAAAAUGAACCUUUUUUUUUUUAACCUCACUUAGGAUAUUAAAGUUGCAAGGAGUGUUUCCACAGACACAUUUUGCUCUCUCACUGGUGCUAGAGGACUAGGGAGUCCAAUGUUUACUCUGCAACUUAAAACAGCACUGAGGUUGGAAAUUUAAGAAACUCCCUGGAGCAACAUUGAUUUGCAUUGUUAAAGGGAACAAAACCCAGAAUGUAUUUAAAUUUACAACCUAAAUGACACUUCUAAGACCUGAAAAUAAAACCUAAUUGAAAGGAAAAAAAUCAUUGGUUUCCCCAGCACAGUUCAUUGCUGCUGCUACACUGUAGCCACCUAUGUAAGCUAAGCUAAAUAAUGUUAUAUUCUUAAGUAGUAACAAUAGGACUAUUUGUUUAGGCUGUAUAAAUAUGGCAGGCCUAGAAUCAAAUAGUAGAGUACUAAAUACACAGAGCAAUCUGGUGCCAAUACUUCCAUUCAGCAAUAUCACCAACUGAAGCAGAUCAAACUAAAAGGAAAAAAUUCUAUAAAUAAAACCCCUCAAAGUGUAUACACCCAGAAAUAAUCCAUUUCAUUAGGAACUUUGUUAAUGGAGUGAAUGUCACAUAGAUAUCCUUAAUAAUACAGACUGAAGAUAUCUUUGUAUUAUUGUGAUUAGUUGCUUAUUAUUUUAUACUCAGUAUUAAUGUGGUACACUGUUACUUUAUUAUUAUUUUUUGCUUUUGUAAAUUAUAUUCUAAUUUAUUGUCAUAUUUCCUAACACAUGUUCUACAUGCAUUCUCCUGCUUGUAAUGAAAACAAAAAUAUUGUAACACUUGAUGCAGUGAAAUUCCACACCAGGCACAGAUUUGUUUUUAACAUAGUUAAUUUAGUAAAAUA